AUGACCCAAUCGAUUCGCCCAGUCCGUCGAAAGCAGGAUACAACACAGGAGGCAGCGCCUAUUCGCAAAGGCAGCGAGGGAAAUAUACGGGAGCUCUGGGACCUGGUGUGCGGAGCGCUGAGGGAUGAAGAUGAACAGCUGAUCGUGGAUUUCGAAAAGAAGAUCGAGGGAGACCUUAGCGCUGGCCUGAGUAAGACCGCAGGCUUCCGGACCACCAAGAGAGACUGGAUGGAUUCGAUUCUCACGCGCAAGAUGGAGCAAGUCAACAGGGACUCGUGGAAGCUGAAGUUUGGAAGCUCGAAGAUACUAGUCAAGGACGUGGUGAAGCCAAUCUUGGGCGUUGUAAGCUGGGCCAACGACUUUAUCUCCAAGGCUGUGCGCGCAAAUCCCUCUGCAUCACUCGCCGGGGGCGGCGUCAGUCUGCUGCCGCCGGAGGAUCUUUAUGAGCGCUACUCCGAGUCCGAGACUGGCGGUCCAUCUCAGAUUACGUACCGAAGUGCUCCGACAACGCUAUACCAUCAUGUCCCCAAAUUUCAAAUAACUAGCUACUGCUACUACGCCCGUAGCACCGCCUACCGCUUGGGCUUGGACUCGGUGAGGUGGCAUGAGUGGGAAGACCUUCUAGAGAAGACCAAAGAGCAAGAGAGAGUAUUUUCUGCUGUUCUCGAUCGUUGCCGGGACGUCAGAUACGAAGAAGAAUGUUUCACGGCUAAGCGGAGACACGAGCAGCUCGUUUCUUGCUGGCAAAAUAUCGGCACGGACGUGUCCGGUCUCCUGUCAGCAGUCCGAGAGGCUCAGAGGGAGGGAAAGCGCAUGGAGCUCCUUCAGUGGCUGUGUGCAGUUGAUACUUCCGCGUUAUAUAACGCCGCACGCGACAAACACCAGGCCGGCACGUGCAGCUGGUUGCUUGAGGACAGCAAGGACUUCAAAACGUGGAUGGAAUCCCCGAAAUCUUUGCUAUGGCUCAGUGGAAAGCCUGGUUCUGGAAAGUCGAUUCUGAGCUCGUCUGUUAUAAAGCACUUGCAAGAUAAUUGCAGAUCCGAUCCCGGAACCGCACUCGCAUACUUCUACUUCAGCUUUGGAAGCCUGGAGCAACAGAGUGUGGCCAUCAUGCUCUCUUCCCUAGUCAAGCAAUUAUGUGCCAGUCGCCCCGAUACGCCACAGGCCAUCAAUAACUUCGAGAAUUACAAGAUAAAAGGCGAACGACCAGACACAAAGACACUCGAGGAGGCUUUAAUAGCGGCUACCCGUACAUUCUCAGACGUUUUCAUCGUCAUCGACGCCCUCGAUGAAUGCCCUAUCCUUAACAGAGAGCGAAAGAAGUUGCUGGCUUCCCUAACUCGCAUAGCAGCUGCAAUGCCCGACAAUUUACAUUUAUUUUGUACGAGCAGGGCAGAGCCAGAUAUCAGCACAACAUUCAAUAAGCUACUGUCUUCACCUUGCGGAACUGAGAUUAACCUCACGGAAGAUACUACGGGCGUACACAACGACAUGAGUACGUAUAUCAGCUCAGUUUUGGAGUCCGAUGAUUACCGUUCAUGGCCCGGCGAGCUCAAGGCCGAUGCGAAGAGGCUGCUGAUUGAGAAGGCAGAUGGAAUGUUCCAAUACCUUGUGUGCCAAUUUGAAGGACUGCGGAACCCUCGCUCCAACGCUCUCAUCAGUUCGGCGCUGAAGAAUCUACCCAAGGGGCUCGACGCGACGUAUGACAGGCUGCUGCUCAGCAUAGAAGCUGAUUUUCAAGCUCAGAUUCUGAGCUUACUCAAGUGGCUCGCAUUUUCGAAUAGACCUCUCGAGCUUGAAGAACUUGCAGAGAUAUUCAUCCUUCAUCCCGAACGCCCUGUCGGGGUUAACAUAGCGGAGCGACUCUUUGAGCCAGAAGACGUUUUGCGAUAUGUAUCAAGUCUUGUCACUAUCCAGAAACAGAGCACGAUGUGGAGGCGAUCCGGGACAAAAAAAUACGUACGACUUGCCCACUUUACCGUCAAGGAGUAUCUGAUUUCCAGUCAAAUUAGCAAAGGUCCUGCGGCUUGCUACUCAUUCAACGAGAAUGAAGCUCACCUGCAUAUUUCGCAUUGUUGUCUCGUUUAUCAUCUUUACAAAACAGACAAGAUCUGGAUAGAAGGAGGCUCCCUGUGGAAAAUUACGCAGCUGGCCUCUGGGGAUGGCAUCUUGAAAUGUCUCAGGGAGAUUUUGAAAACCGGAAUGCAGGGUCAAGAAAGCUUCUACUGUGAAUACGCCCAAGCCCGAGCAAACCAUUAUCUCCGGCGGUCGUAUUGCUAUACUGCCGCACUUGGCUUUCUGAACCUCACCGAUUUGCUGCUCUCUGCAUCAUCUGAUACAACCGACUAUUUGACACAGGAAGAUCUCGACCUGAUACUCCAUGACGCUACGUUGGCCGGAAGCUUAGAAACCGUUCAGUUUGCCCUCGACAAGGGUGCUCUUGUCGAUGCGCAGAACGACAUAGGGGAAUCAGCUCUGCAGCUAGCUGCAUCACGAAAUCAACCAGAAAUUGUGGACUUACUCCUGAGUUGUGGUGCCGAUGCGUAUAAGUCGGGAUGUCCUUUGACGUCUACAUUAUCCUCUCUUUCCACAAGAUUCUGUGGCUCCUGGGGUACGAUACCAGAGCAACUUCCAAACUGGACGCCGUUGGCGAACUACAAUAGAAGUUUGCAGCUUCUAAUUGACAAUGGCGCUGAUGUCAACAAGCAGUGCGAUAUUCAUGGGACUGCCUUAAGCAUGGCAGCAAGUAUAAUGGGACAUCACAGUACGCGAUACUUUGUGGACUUUUUACUCCAACGUGGAGCUAGUGUCAACCUGCCGGCUGGCGAUUUUGGUUCCCCACUUCAGGCAGCAUGCUCGCACAUGAUCGCCUACAGCUUCGAUCAGGAUAAAUACGAGUCCUAUAACGAUGUAGUCAUGGGUUUACUUAAGAUGGGGGCUGAAGUAAAUGCUCAGGGGGGGAAGUACGGCAAUGCAUUGCAGGCUGCUAGCUAUGCCGGCAAUUAUGCGGCCACUAUGGAACCGCAUUGCAAGCAGCAUGUGCAGCUCAACAUUGGAAAAUCGCGGGCGGCUUGUUACAGUAAGCGGGAGAUGGGGGAUUCUCGUUCUAGGAGAAUGAUCGUACAUCAUCUGCUGGAAAUGAACGCCGAUGUAAGCGCUGCUGGUGGAAAUUUUGGAAGCGCGCUGCAAGCCGCAAGUGUAUCUGGAGAUGAGUCUGGCGAAGCGAUAGCAAGCUUACUACUUAGUAAGGGCACCGAGGUCAACACGCAGGGGGUGAAAUACGGCACAGCAGUUCAAGGCGCCUGCGCAAAAGGUAGGAUAGGCGUGGUGCGCUUACUUCUCGCUCAUGGCUGCGAUCUGAACAUUGAAGACGGCAAGUAUGGAACCGCACUACAGGCGGCUUGCGCAUGGGAACGCUCUUCCACGUGGGCUCUCAACACUGAACUCGUGGGCCUACUGAUUGAACAUGGCGCCGACAUCGAUGAGGAAUCCCCCAGUGCCAACGAUGCGCUGAAGAUGCUACUCACUCACGGUGUCGAUGUGAAUGACAGCAGGGGUCGGAUGCACGGAACUGCUUUGCAAGCCGCAAUCCAUUGCUCUCAAGACCCAGAAUUAACCAUUCAAAGGGUUCGUUUCCUGAUUGGACAUGGCGCCAAUAUCAAUGCCGGAGGCGGCCCGUAUGGAUUUUCCUUGCAGUCGGCGUUUAUGAUACCAUAUAAUGAGCGUUUUAUGGGCUCAGAGGUCCCCUUUUCCCUUCUCGACAGCUGCCCCGGAAUCGAUAUUGGCGUGACAGGGGGCAAAUUUGGCACAGCUUUGCAGGCGGCAGCGUACUACGGCUACAUUGAUGCCAUAAGACGAAUUCUUGGCAAUGACGGUUACCAUGAUUUUGACUCUGAUGAUGAUGGCGCUGGGCCGAACGCCAAAGUCAAGUUGGUCAACAUACGUGGCGGAGAGUACGGCAGCGCACUUGACGCGGCGGUGUACGCUCGCGGCGGGAAGUACGGCAGUGCACUCAACGCAGCUGUGGUCAAAGGGUACUGGGAUCUUGUCGAGAUCUUGCUCAAGUCUGGAGCUAAGUCAGACUGCCAUGACCUAAUGGAACCCGAUGAGGAGUGGCUGAAAUGGGUUGAGAGAGAGGAUGGGUCGGGUGCCGUGGGACGGUACAGGAAGUUUUGGGAGAAGCAGAAGCCUAAAUCGGAAGAAGCUAGGUCGGGAGAAGAGAAGACUGUAUAA